UUUCAGUUCUAUUUUAAUCGUCUGUCCCAUUUGAUAAAUUUUGGUGAGGGAACCGUUUUCGGCAACUAACAAUCGUCAUUCCGUCGAUACGUGCCGCCUAGAGAAAGAAAGCCCAAUAGCUCAUAGCGACUAGAGAGAAGGGGGAGCUUCAGCAGUAAAAACGGAACGCGAUGGGGCAGGAAAGGAUUUUGCCCGUAACGGUGCUGCUGCUGCUGGUUGUAUGUAUUUGUGGCAGUGUGCGCGCAGACAGGUUCGAAGACAACAUUUUCUUCAACUAUUACAACUCCACGCGCGAUGUGGUGCAUGUUUAUAACUUGGCUGCAAACGAGUCGUACCCUUAUGACGAAACAUGUAACCCAACGGGGAAGUUCGCCAUCGUAGUCUUCGGUUGGAAGAUCGGUUGCGAUAAGUACUUUGUGCAAGAUUUGAUAGGAAAUCUCACAGAGUACAGGGGAGGAUGUGUGAUAUGUAUGAACUACGACAAGUUCGCCCAAGUGCAAACCUACAUGCGCUUGAGGCGGAACUUUAAGGACAUACAACGUGUCCUGAAGCGGAAGCUUGAUUUUCUCGAGCAGCAGGGUUUCGAUCCGGACAAUGGCUAUCUGUUCGGAUUCAGCUUCGGGGCCAAUAUGGUGCUAGGGGCUGCCAAAGACUUUGGUGCUAAGAAAAUCAAAGAAAUCGACGUAUGUGAGAUUAUCGGAAUGGCCUUCGACACGUCCUACAGAGUUUCGCCGAAUCAUAGACUGGCGGCUAAGAAUGUACAGUGUAUCCAUACCAGCAAACAGUAUGGCACGAAAUUCUCGAGCAGCUGUCACCAGGACUGGCUUCUAGGAGAUUGUGGCGAAACUCAGGAGGCUGCACCUCUGUCCUCUUUCGGCUCGCAUGGUGUUUGUCCACUGUUUUACAAUAGCGCCUUUGAGCAUGACUUCCUUGCAGUGCAGAGGGCAAGCAACUGUACCGCGGAACAGGAAGCGGAGGAUUGGCCGGAGGGAUUCAAGAUGGGUUACAUGGAAACACGAAAGAAAGAAGUCAGAGGCCAACUGUUUGCUCCCACAUACGCGUCGUUCCCAUUCAACACCAACGUGGAAACAUCUUCCGAUAGCCAGAUGUCCGAUUUCUCCGAAUACGAUGAUUUUGAUGAUGACACUGCUAACGUAUAAAUGGAUUACCGAUUUUGGACACUUUGGGUGUGCAUGCGUUGCGAUAGUUGCUACUGCACCUACGAAGAUUAUUUUCUCCGUGAGCGUAAAUGCUUGGAAACGCGAUGUGUGUAUGCCUUUAGGCUUAGAUGGUGAAGGAACAGGUGUUGGAUUCAAAAAAAUGCUCUACAAUUAGCAUACUAGUAGCUUUUUUACGCAGUGAACCGUGAUACAUUAUUGCAUAACCAAUACGCGUCAUUUGGAUAUGGGACAUUUAUUUAACUAUAACUAUCUAUGAAUAUUUAGCAAAUAAUUCACCAAACACGAUUUAGAUUUAGGUGGGCUAUAGGCUACAAUUUGAUUGUUUUUUUUUCGCGUUGAUUCUUGAUCAAAGAGCAAAUAGAAAGCUCAGAAUAUAUUUCUUAGAUUAGGACAUUAUGACUAUUCAACUGAAUUCAAUGAUGAUUAUUACAAUACUAUCAUUAUAUUAAUGUGCAAUUAGCACUAAAUUAUAACACCAAAUAGAUGCAUUAUCUGCACACUAGUGUGCGUAUUAUAUCGAUUUGAUUUACAAAAAUGUGCUAUUUUAGCAAACAUUAUAUGAUUACAUUAUAUGAAAGCGGAAGGAAAAUUAAAUAUUUAUAAUGCUAGGGUUAAAGGAAAAACAAGAAUUUUGGUAGGUUAGUUUGAUGGAAAAGGUAUUGUUAACUAGCAUCACUUAUUGGUAUUGAAAUACUCUGCAUAUUUGCACAUUGGAAUAUUACGUAACAUGAAAUCAAACUGCACCCUCCAGGAACACUACAAUAAAAGCAUUUGAACUUCGAUUGUAA